UGAUAUGAGUAGUUUUAUGAAUUUCGGAAUGUUAAUAAGAGUUACAAAUUUUUAAGAGUUCGGGUAAGUAUCGUAACAACUGUCUUCCGAAAUAUCUGUGUUAUCACGAUGCCGUGUAAGCAGUUCGAGGAAUUAGAGCAAGCCAAAGCUUACAGCCUUUACAGACCUACACCACCAGCAGAGAUACUGAAAAGAAUUCUUGAUUAUUUAAGCAAAGAGUUUAACCCUCCUUUCGAACUGGCAGUUGAUGUCGGUUGUGGCACUGGACAAAGCACAUUGUUGUUGGCACCGCCCUUCCGUCGAGUUCGAGGAUUUGAUGUUAGCAAAGCUCAAAUCCACGAAGCCAUGACUGAGCGAAGAGCAGAUAAUGUGGAAUACGGAUUGUCUAGAGGAGAAGACUUGCCAGUGAAAGACUUAUCAGUUCAAUUGCUGACUGCUGGCACAUGCUUCCAUUGGCUGCAUUCGGAAUCGUUUUUCGAAGAAGCAAAGAGGGUUCUAUUACCAGGAGGCGUACUGGCUAUUUACUCAAGUUGGGUCAUAUACCCCGUUACCGGACACCAAGAAAAAGAUGAUUUCUUACGUCAGAUAACCGACAAGUUUCUCUAUGUGGAUUUGAAAAACUAUCGCUCGGAAAAGGUGCAGCAACUCUUCGAUGAAUACAGAAAUAUUGAUUUUCCUUUCGAAGAAGUUACGAGGCACAGGAAUAUUAGUCAAAAAUAUAUUGGCACCGCAGCAGAUGCCUGUGGAUAUAUUAGAUCUAUGUCAACUUUCCAGAACUUCAGAUCUUCUAAUCCAGAAGCGGCUGAGCAGUUAAUGCAAAAUUAUCAAAACAACAUAAUGGAUAUUUUGGGAGUUAGUUCAAUGCCAGAAGAAACAUCUUUGGCUUAUCAACGAAAAUACUUCUUGAUUUUAUGUCGGAAACCAAAAUAUAAACCAAACGAAACCGAGCCUUAAACUGAUCUCUAAACUCUAUUAACUGACGUUUCUCUCUGAAGAAAAUUAUUGCUGCCUUCGAACUUUAACAUCCAUGGCAACUGAACACGUUAGAUGAUGAUAUAAACAGACGAUUUUCAUUCUACCUGAAAUGAAAAUUAGCAAACUUGAGAGUUAUAACAGAUUUUUAAAUCUUUGACGGCAUUUUGUUUUUAUGCAUUUUUGUUCUCAAAAUCAUUUGUUGUAACUUUAAUUAUCUUAUAUUCAUAUGGAUAUUUAUGCUCUCAAAUGUCAAUAAUAUUAAUAAGCAUUGUCUAAUUCUUUAUUUAGCAAUAUAAUAGUUGAAUAAAACAUAAUGAAUAAUGUA